AAACCGCCUUCGCAGACCUACGCACCAUUUUAACACUGGUGAUCUGAGGCUGCAGGCUGCCUUGUUCCUACUUACUACAGAACCCGACAAUGGAUCAAGAACAACUCGUCGCUAAAAUACUUGAUGAAUUUUCUCCGGAGAAUUAUCCAGCCCAUAGCGUGAAAAUGUUACCUUUGCUGAACCCUAUUCUUCAGGAAAUGCACUCAAUUUUCACCUCAGAGCUCGUCAAAGGAGGCAUACUGCUGGAAGUCGGCUGCGGCCCCUGUAUGUACACGGCAAUGGCAGCCUCGGUGGCGUUCGAGCACAUCGUCAUGGCUGACCUGGUGCCUGCCAACAUCCUCGAAGUCCGCAAAUGGGUGGACGCUGCGCCGGACGCCAAGGACUGGACGCUGUUCGCCCAGCGUUUGGCCGUUAUAGAAGGGCACGCGGACGCAGAGUGUGCCGCCGCUGCCAUUAUUGCAAGGACGCGCAAUGCAAUCUGCGAGGUGAGGCUGUGCAACAUCGCUAAGCCUGGCGUAUUGCUUGGUCGCGGCGAGAAAGCACAGUUCGAUGCUGUUAUCGCUUGCCUCUGCUUGGACAGCGGUUCUGUCGACCAGGCCGCCCACGAGCGUGCCGUAGCUAACCUGACGGAACUGAUAAAGCCUCGUGGCAUCCUCAUAGGCUGCGGAGUAACAGGAAACUCCACCUUCACCAUCUGCAGAAAGCCGUUCUCUUCUCUAAACUCCAGCGAAGGCUCAAUAAAGAGCUCUUUCACCAAGGCGGGACUUACAGUGGAACACUGGAGCAGCCAAGAAAGCCUACCGUGCAUGGAAUCCUACAUCAGCUACGAAGGGACUUACGUGAUCGUCGGGCGCAAGCAGCGCCGUGAAACUUGUGAAUCGGCGUGAGGCAUUGAAAAUGGCGACCGGGUACUUGAACAUUUUUGCAUUGCUUGGGUUAGUUGGACUCUAGAAUAAUGGCGUUGAGAUACCAUACCGGAUGACUUCGUUCGCGUGUACAAGAACGCUUUGCACGUUUAGCAUUAGAGAAUGUGUGCGCGCAUACAGCGCAAAAAUAUUGAGUAAAAUUUAUUUCACGCAUCGCGAUGUUGCCUGUGAAAAGUUGCUCCGAGAACACAAAAACUUGACUUAUGCCUGUGUACAUGAUCGCGAGGUAGCCGCAGGUAUCAAUCACUAGGCACCGAUCUGGUUGACCUAGGUGUAUAGAGGAUGAAUGGUACGUGGGAACGUGUCCGACAUAUGUAGCUUUGCUGUUAUAACGGACAAAAAACAUUGUGAUUAAUGUCAUGAGUAAAUUUCAUAAAUUUUCGCGACGAAGCGCACAUGCUAGGCGGCCACAGUGUUUACGUUAUGAAAAGCAAAUGUGAAAUUCUUAAUUGCGCUUCGCUUAUACUGCGAUACCUACAGAAAGAGCAAUGGGAAGAAUACGCCUCGUACCCAGUGAUAAUGAUGCAGGCCACUUCGUCACAUAUAUUAUUAUAACGCAAUAUGCAUUGCUGUUUGGGACGGAAGUUCCUCGGAGUACGUAAGACCUGAGGGACCACAUCCUAGCCGCCUCAUCGAUGGCACGCCGCUCUACUCGGAGUUUGUCCCAUGUGGUGGUCAAGCAUAGACAAGACACUUUGAAAGAAAACCCAGAAAACUCUGCGAGUAAUUGCCUGUUAAAACGUAGAGCUACGUAAUCAUCCAGGAAUUGGUUACCAGAUAUCUGAAAGGAGCAUUUGUUCUCUACUCAUUGCGCUAUCUUACAUGCGUGUUAUUACAUAGCCUCGGCGGCUAUUUCACGUUUGCUAAGCUUCACGGACACUAUCACACAAUUGGUGCUUUCAUGACGCACUAGUGAUCAUUUCGUGUCAUUGCUCCCGUCCGACGCUACGCUCGCUCGCCUUUCUCGUGGUACCACCAGGCGACCGGGUUCACUCCCCUCUGGUGCUGUUCGUAUGUGACUAGAACUGACUUUUUUCCCAGAACGCCAUUCUGUGACUGAUGCUCAUAAAAAUUUCGACGCACUGACCUUUCCAGGUGUAAAACCAAGGUGCGCGAUGGUCUAUGCGUAGUGCUGUGACUUUUCCUGCAACUAGUCAAUAAGUACGCCCAGCUCCAGUCUUAUCUGUAUGCCGCGAGUUUCACGAGUGGCGGACCUUUCUUAACCACGCGCGGAAAAGACCCUGCGAAAUGUCAUUGUUUUUAAGAGCGAUAGCUCUACUACUCCAGGUACAUACCCUGAAAACGCUUUGUUCCGUAAAUACGACCUUCAAGCUCAGCCAAGGUCAAACUGGGACUUCGACUGCCUAAUGCGUAUGGAAUGAAAACGAACAGUGGCUCAAGGUCAGUCUUUCGUGCCGCCAUCGCCAGAAGCGCUGGCUGCGUCCAAGUUCACUGCGCGUUCGCGCCAAGAGUGCCGAGCAACGUCUGUUUGUUGUCUUGUGGUGUGAUUGUAUAUGCAGUAGUUGCUGCUACAAAAAGUUGAAUCUCUGCAAACGAAUGGUCUCGCCCUUUCCCAAAGCAAGCGAAACCGAGCUAUCACUCGACAGGCUUGGUUUUAUCGCGUUCAAUAGUGGCAAUAUUUCCUGGAGACCAACGUGAGGCGGAACAGUUGCAUUACUCGUCGAGAUCCAAUAAACCUGUAGCGCAGCGAUCACGAAUGUUGCUGAAGGUGCCCCUCUCAGGUUGUUCGUAUUAGGCACACUAAGUAUCCGAAGUUUUUUUUUCACUAGCAACAUCUUUACUGGAAAUUCCAACGGCGCAUAUUUCAUUCCAAGUCGUAUUUUCGAUCGGCGCACACUAGUUCGUACUUUUCCUAUAGUUUGUCUCUUUUAUUUCUUACCUUAAUUUGCUACUGUUUUUCUUACUUGUCGCGUUCUUACUAGUCCUCGCUAAUCACACCUGUUGAUUACCUUGGAUGGUGUUAUCAAUAUAAAUAAACGUCAUGAAUGCAGAUGUAAUAAAACCUUGUUUUUGAGCCA